AAGAAUGAAAACUCUGCUCUAAGUCCAAAGGAUGUGGAAAAAGCAAAGGCUAGCAAAAUUACAAAGGGUGGUUCGGCACCUGGGCAGAGCUUUAGGUAUAUGGAGAAGGAAAUCACGAACCUCAAGAGAGACCUCCUACAUAGCCGCUACUUGAUGCGGUCAGUGAAGAUGGGCCAAGGAUAUUUCGAUAUUUUGAAGGCAGAGAAUGCAAUGAGAAAGAAAGCCUUGAUGGAUAAAAAGAAAGAAGAAGAAGAGAGAAACAAAUUUCAGCCACCAAAAUUGCCAACUGCUGAACCCAGUGAGGCUAGCCUGAACUUGUAUGAUGGAGUGAGAAGGAUGGAGGGGAUGCCCGACGUUAUCCUGAGGCCUUUCAACCCGGUGCACAACUGUCUGGUCUCGCCCUCGCUAUCCCAGGCACACAUAGAGCCCCUCUUCAGGCAACUCUGUGCCCUCCACUGGCUCCUGGAAGCAUUGACCAUUGACCACAACCACCACGGCAUGAAACCAGUGAUAACCUGCUGGAAUGAAAAGGACCCUGGCGGAAUCAAAAGUACAUUAAAAAAAAUCAAUAAGGAGAAGGUAAUAUUACACAGAUGGGAGCACUUCAUCACUCCGCCAAAGUCCAAGAAAUAUAAAAUACCAGCCGCUCGGAUCAUAGCCAGCCGGAAGCCAAGCCGGAGACCAUCAACCAUCAGCCUCAGCCGCACAAGCGGGGGGUCAUCUCCGCAGAGCAGCAUGCUGUCAAUGAACCCCACUGGCUCAGAUGAGCCCCAGAGCACCGUGACCCUGGGCACCAGCAGCAAAGAGCUGGAGGACAAUGAGUCCUCAUCCACCAAGCAGGAUGAGGAGAACAUCCCCAUCAGUCUUCAGAAGCUCAUGGAGAUGGUACGGGAAGAUGCCAGGAGGACAGUCUGUGCAGAAGAUGAUUCCUACAAAAAGUUUGCAAGCACCGUGUCCAUCCUCAAGCCCUCCCUUAAGAGUGAUAUGGCCUUACGGGACUCUGCCCUAAAGUCCAGCAUAACCGAUAAGUCAAGUAGUAGCAGCACAGAGAGUCUCCGGAGGCCUAAAAGCUAUCCCUCUGGCGCUUCAGAUGCCAAGGUCAACGUGUGUGCCAACAUGCGAGCCAAGUUCUUCAGCAUCGCGCAGGAGGCUAGUUUCUGCCUACAGGACAGACUAGAAAUUCUCACCAAGAGGCAGGAAGAAAGAGGCUUCCAGAAGUUUUUUGCUUUCAGCAUUGUCUCCAAUUUUUAUGAAGACAUAGAAAAAAUGAGACAUCCUAUCACUAUAACAAGAGGAGAUGCCGAGGAGUUGGCUAACCACUGGUACUUUGAUUUAUUAUCUAAACUCCCGGAAGACUUAAAGAAAUAUCGUCCUGCCAAGAAAAUCCUACAAAAAUUGCAAAAGCAUGGAGAGAAUUUGGACCUCAGAAUCCGUCCACAUGUCCUCCUCAGAGUGCUGCAGGACCUCCGUACAUGGGAGCUGUGCUCCCCUGACAUCGCUGUGGCCAUUGAGUUUGUACGAGAACAUAUUGUCCAAAUGCCCCAAGUGGACUAUAUCAAGUGGCUUCGGACUCGGGUCAACCUUCCCAUGCGAUGUCACAGCGCCCCACCCCCCUAG